AACACUCAGAGGGAUUAAAGUUCACCGUCUCUUCCCGCGAAUUGUUGCGCUUGGGCCAGGUGUUCCAUUACGCUCCUGGUAGACGCUUUCUUUGCUGAAGGAAUUUUACAGUUUUAAACCGUGAACCUGUACGUCUAAAGGAUGGCGGAGGGAAUAUUUUUUCGUACAAUCAAUGACGACAGCGACUCAGACAAUGAUGACGACUCGGUGGUUACGUUGCGACGCAUGACCCGCAGCGCCCUGUCAGACGUGUCCUCAAGGAUCGCGCUGCCGGUGACGCCGGUCAUCAACCUGGCCAGUCUGCCCACACCAUCUCCGUCACCUGACGAGCUGGUCAUUCAGCGCCCGCGUCGAAUUCCAGUCACUUGGAGUCCUGACAUAAAGCGCACCCCCAUCAAGCUGCCCCCCAGCAGCCCCACAACCAAAGCAAACGGAGUCGUGUUGAGGAGCACCCCGAGGAAGCGGCUGCUGCUGCCCGACGAUUCUCCGGAAAAGGCAGAGAGGUCUCCAAGGAAGGUGAGCAGAGUGCUAGGGCGCCUCGACGCUUUGUCCCUCAACCAGCAGCCAACCACACCACCAAAGAGAAAAGCCCCGGAGCGUCUAGGUUCGCAGAUCCCACAAACGGCGCCCCUGUCGUCACUCCUGAAAGGUCUUUCCAAAGAGCAGCUGGUCGAGUUGCUUCUCAAAUCAACACAAGCACAUCCAGAGAUUGAGCAAGAUGUGCGAGAAAGUCUGCCUCUUCCUGACCUGAAGCCCGUCGAAGAGCAACUGAACACAUUGAAGAGGAACAUUUUCAGGUGCCUGCCCACGUCGAGACUGAUUCUCAAGUACGACUCCCCUGCGUUCAACAGAGCAAGCACUCAUGUCAACGUCUUCAAGAAAGCUGUUAUUGACUUUGGACGCCAGUUGGUUGAAAGUGAGAAUUACGGCUCGGUUAUUGAGUAUGUGACCAUGGCAUGGGGCUACGUGAAAGCAACCCCUACAUGGGAAAACGCAAUCCACAACACUGCCCGCAGAACAUGUUUCAAGACCUUAGCUGCCUACUGCAUGACCGCAAUCAAAUCUGGAUGUUUCACUCCAAAUGAGUACCAACGCAUUGCUGAAAAGCUGGAACUUCUGGUAGGAGACAGUGAUGACAUCCAAAGCUGCCUCAAGCAGGUGACGGUUAUUCGAACAAAGCAGCCUUCUACGCCGACCAAAUGAAUUUUACCACAAACUGGCCCAUCUGCACUCAAAGUCUGAAUCAAAUUUAUUCGGGUGUUCGGUGGUGGGAUGUUGCAUGUGUAGUUUGUUGUUUAUAUAAGUUAACCACGGGGAAAUUUUAUUAGUCCAAACGGAAGUGAGAUAGAGCCUUCAAUUAAGAGGUUCAUUGAGACCUUUUAUUUCAUCUAUGUGGUAUUGACCAUGUAUGAAAAAUUUUAUUACGAAGGAGUCAAAAUUCUGUUGGUUUAAAUAUAACUUGACGUGCUAUGAGCAUUGUACAAAAAAAAUAGCACAUUCUGCUCUUUUUUGGGGGCACAAUAUAACUUGUCAGCUUUAAAACUUUAUCUUUAAAGUGCCUAAUCACUAUUUAAUGUAAUAUUUAACAUUCAAGCGUAGUAUAUUUAAGUUUGACGGGACGACAGUGUUGAAAUAAUUAUGUAAAAAGGUGUUUAUCAUAUGAGUUUGAUGUGAGCUUACAUUGGUGCCUUAUAUUUAUCUUGUGCUUGUAUUAAAAAUAAAAAAGAACUUAGUGAAAUUAUG